AAUUGGCAUCAAAAUAAAAUGUAAUCUUUGAUAAAAAGAAACGUGAACUAACCAUAAUCUUGAAUUGAAUUAUGUUUUUUAUAAUUGCGAAAUAUGAGCUUAUGAUUUAUUAACGACAAUUAAUGUUGCUACUUUACACACAGCUGUUAAUCGUCACUGUAAGUUACUAGUGACGGGUAACACUUAAGCAUAAACUGCUCAUCUCUAACGUGAACGUGGAAGAAACUGGAACGAAAACUACACGUCAAAAAUUCCUAAAACACAAAAGUAGCGAAAACAAGCAUUUCAAUUUGCAUACAAAUAUUAAAAAAAACAAUAAAUAAAAUUGCCAUAAGAAACGUACAACGAGCAAUUGCAGCAUCAACUGCCAAAUCAAUAAAGCCAAAGUGAACGAGAAGGCGAAGAGGACGAGCCAGCCACGAAAUCAGUUUACAAAUCUAUAAUCAUAUCCAUAAUCCAUAAAACACAAUCCGUAAACGAAUUGGGGACAAAUCAGUCCAAUAAUGUCUAACAAUGCAGCGGGGCCCACAAAACAGGAAAUCGAAGGCGUAUUCAGUCGCCUGCGGGCGCAGCCAGCCAAUAAGUCCUGCUUCGAUUGUGGCACAAAGGCGCCCACCUGGUCGUCAGUCACUUAUGGCAUCUUCAUAUGCAUCGAUUGCUCUGCGGUGCAUCGCAAUCUGGGCGUGCAUUUGACCUUUGUGCGCAGCACGAAUCUGGACACCAAUUGGACCUGGUUGCAACUGCGACAAAUGCAGCUCGGCGGCAAUGCAAAUGCAGCACAAUUCUUUCGCUCCCACAACAGCAGCAGCAGCGAUGCCCAGGUCAAGUACAAUUCUAGAGCGGCACAGCUGUACAGGGAUAAGCUAUCGUCGCUCGCCCAGCAGGCAAUGAAAGUGCAUGGCACCAAGCUGCAUUUGGAUCCAACCCUGGACAAGAGCGAGGGAAAUGAUGCUGCCAAGGAGCUUUCGGAGGAGCAGGAGCAGGAGGAGGAUUUCUUUGCGCAGUGCGAUAAUAAUAAUGCCAACGCCCAGCUGGAGAACAACAACAUUAGCAACGUGAAGCUGGAUAUCAAGUCUACAUCGGCUACGGCUCCGACGGAGUCUGCUGUUGGAGCACCCAGCGUGGAUCUGCUGAAUUCGCUUGUGACGCCAGCAGCGAUGCCCUCAUCCAUUGGGGUGCGCAAGAUUCAGCCCAAGAAGGGAGCAUUGGGUGCACGCAAGGUGGGCGGAUUGGGUGCAACGAAAGUGACGGCCAAUUUUGCGGACAUUGAGGCGCGUGCGAAUGCGGCAAAUGAAAGUAAAACGGCAACAGCUGCUGCCCGGGCAAUCGAUAAGCCCCAAACGGCAGAGGAGGAGAUGGAGAGUGUGGCCAGCAUGCGUCUGGCGUAUCAGGAUUUAUCGCUGCAGAAGACGCGCGAGGAGGCCAAGCUGAAGAGCAUCGAUCCCGCCAAGGCCAAGCAAAUGGAGCGACUGGGCAUGGGCUUCAGCCUGAGGGGCUCUGAUGUGGCGCACUCGGCCAUCAGCGACAUGGAGACCAUACAGCAAUCGGCUGCACCCAAGGCCAAUGCCCAGAGCAAGCUGGCCGCCCUCGAAAGCGAUAACUUCUUCAAUGAUCACUCGUUGAAUUUGUAUGGCGACAAGAAGCCGGAGAGCAGCACCAACAGCAGUAGCGGUGUCAGCAAGCUGGACAAAUUUGAGCUAGACGCUCUGGGCUAUGAGACGAUUGAGCCCAUUGGCGGCACGCACAGCAACAUAACCUCAAUGUUCGCGGCCAGCAGUGAUUAUGACAAGCCCAAGGUGAGCAGCAGCAGCAGCGGAUCAGCAAGCGCCUCCGCCUCCAAUCGAAGCAAAAGCAAAAUAAGCAACAAUAGCAGCAAUGAUCCUGUUGCGGCACAACAAAAGUUUGGCAACUCCAAGGGCUUUGGAUCGGAUCAGUUCUUUGCGAGCGAACAAUCGCCAGCUGAUAUUAGCGCGAAUCUGAAUCGUUUUCAGGGCUCCAGGGCCAUAUCCUCCUCGGACUACUUUGGCGAUGGUACGCCGGGCGGCGGUAUGAGCAAUCGCAGCAGCAGCGGCGGUUACUCAACAGCGGUCAACUUCAAUGCGCCGGAUCUGGAUGAUGUGAAGGAAAGUGUGCGUCAGGGCGUCCACAAGGUGGCCGGCAGAUUGAGCAAUCUGGCCAACGAUGUGAUGACAUCGCUGCAGGAUAAAUAUGGUUACUGAUAGCGGAGCCAAAUCCAAUCGCUCUCAUCUCAAGCAUAUGUGCAAAACAAAACAAAAGUUAUAAACAAUUCCAAGCCGCUAGAUGUGUAGAGCGUUCAGUUUAAGAAUCGAUAACCCCAAGAUUCUUAUAUAAAAAAAGGAAAAACUGAAAAAAAAUCCAAUAAUAUAGACCACAAAGUUGGGAGUAGUGUCUUUAGUAUCCAUUUAAAGAUUGUACAAUUUGCGCCUUAUAUGCAGUUGAAAGAAACGUAAAUUUAAUUAAACCCAUGAUGAUAUCACAAUUGAGGAACAACCAUUAGCUCUUAAGUCGAAUCGAACUACGCUGAUGUUUUUUGUAUGCCACUUUUGUUUUAAUUUUUUUCUUUAAUUUUUAAAUAUUAUUAUAUCUAUAUGAAGGCAUUUGUAAAUUGCUAAGUUUGUAAUCUUUUUGUUAAACUUUAAAUUUUCGGUCCGUUUACUGCGUUUGAUCUGCGUUUAUUUUGUUCACAAUUUGUAAUUUUGAAGGAACAAAAGAGCAUAUGAAAUAAACACGAUAUUCAAUGCGUAUGGCAAAAAUA